AUAAUAUUCAAAUUUCUCAUGGAUUCUUAACAAACAAUUGGGAGGCAUUUUUUCUCAAUUUUUUCGAUAAGACGGUCAGAUCGAUCGAGGUUCUAGAAGUUUUCGGGUUUCCAGAACUUUGCCGGCAUACAAUAUACACGAUAAAGAAGCAGACAUCUACAUACAACACUUUCUGGAUGAUUCGGUCAAGACCCCCCAGACCGCAGUGGGGACAGUGACGAAGACUAUUCCAACACGCAACGCAGCGCAACGCGCACGCGAGAGAUCUAAUUCCACGUCUGCCCGCUCGUAUCGGUAUACCUCACUCAUUUUAGUAGAAGGAACUGGCAUUGCAACUUCACUUCGGAGUCUGCAGACGAGAAUAAUUUUGGAAUUUAUCAUAAAUUUUAUUACCGAGAAAGGAAAAAACAUUUUACAAGAUGUUCAGACUACCCACACUUCUUCGCUCGGUUGCUCUCCGAAAGGUGCAACUUCAAGCUGGCUAUGCCAAGGAUGUGAGAUUUGGAGCAGAAGUUAGAGCUUUAAUGCUUCAAGGUGUUGACAUUUUGGCUGAUGCUGUAGCUGUGACUAUGGGUCCUAAGGGUCGCAAUGUCAUAUUAGAACAAAGUUGGGGCAGUCCUAAAAUCACCAAGGAUGGUGUUACAGUUGCUAAAGGUGUUGAACUAAAAGACAAAUUCCAAAACAUUGGAGCCAAACUUGUGCAAGAUGUGGCCAACAACACAAAUGAAGAAGCUGGUGAUGGUACUACAACCGCUACUGUCUUAGCUCGAGCCAUUGCCAAAGAAGGCUUUGAAAAGAUCAGCAAAGGUGCCAAUCCAAUUGAAAUCAGACGCGGAGUCAUGAUGGCAGUUGAAAAAAUUAAGGAAGAACUUAAAACUUUGAGUAAACCUGUUACAACACCAGAAGAAAUUGCACAAGUCGCUACCAUCUCAGCCAAUGGUGAUUUAGCAAUUGGAAAUCUGAUUUCUGAUGCUAUGAGGAAAGUUGGAAAGGAAGGUGUAAUUACAGUUAAAGACGGAAAAACCUUGAAUGAUGAGCUUGAGAUCAUUGAAGGAAUGAAAUUUGACCGUGGAUAUAUUUCACCUUACUUCAUCAAUUCCUCCAAAGGAGCCAAAGUUGAAUUCCAAGAUGCUUUACUCUUAUUCAGCGACAAAAAAAUCUCUUCGGUCCAAAGCAUAAUCCCUGCUCUUGAACUUGCUAAUUCUCAGCGUAAACCACUUGUCAUCAUUGCUGAAGAUAUUGAUGGAGAAGCUCUUUCUACUUUGGUCGUCAAUAGAUUAAAGAUCGGUCUCCAAGUAGCUGCUGUCAAAGCUCCAGGCUUUGGAGACAACCGAAAGGCUACCAUGCAAGAUAUGGCUAUUGCCACCGGUGGUAUUGUCUUUGGAGAUGAUGCUGAUAUGGUGAAAAUUGAAGAUGUUCAACCCACUGACUUAGGUCAAGUUGGAGAAGUUGUCAUUACGAAAGAUGAUUGUCUUCUGUUGAAAGGAAAGGGUAAGAAGACUGACAUUGACAGAAGAUCUGAUCAACUCCGUGAUCAAAUUGAAAAUACAACUUCCGAUUAUGAAAAAGAAAAAUUGCAAGAGCGUCUUGCUAGAUUAGCAUCUGGCGUAGCUGUAUUGAGAGUAGGUGGAAGCAGCGAAGUUGAAGUCAAUGAGAAGAAAGAUAGAGUUCAUGAUGCUCUUAAUGCUACUAGGGCUGCAGUAGAAGAAGGCAUUGUCCCCGGAGGUGGUACUGCCUUGUUGAGAUGUGCGCCGUCUCUGAAAACUCUUUCACCAUCAAAUGAGGAUCAAAAGACUGGCAUCAACAUUGUAGCAAAUGCUCUUCGCAUGCCUUGCCAACAAAUCGCUCAGAACGCUGGCGUUGAUGGUAGCGUGGUAGUAGCCAAAGUCUCAGAAGGUACACUGGGCUAUGACGCAUUAAACAAUGAGUAUGUUGACAUGAUCGAGAAGGGAAUCAUUGAUCCUACUAAGGUAGUACGUACUGCUCUGACCGAUGCUGCUGGUGUUGCUUCUCUCCUCACGACUGCCGAAGCCGUUGUUACCGAAUUACCUAAAGAAGAAAGCCCAAUGCCAGGCGGUGGUAUGGGCGGCAUGGGUGGUAUGGGUGGCAUGGGUGGCAUGGGUGGUAUGAUGUAAAUUUUAGAAACCUUGUAAAAUGUUUACACCUAAGACUGACAAGUUUGUAAAAAUGUUACCCAAAAAGCAUUGAUUUAUAAUUAUUAUGAAUCGUUCAGUUUUUGAUAUUCUUAUGACUCCUAAAGAGAUAUUCCUCAUUGAUAGCUUUUAUUGUUUGUUAAUAAGCAAUCUUUACGGCACAAUAGUGUUGCAAGAAUUAAAAUACUUUUAAUUGAAUAUUUGAAGCUUUGUGUAAGUUUCACAGUUCAGAAAUUACAUCAUAUAGUUCUUGUUUCAUAUUUAUUACUUAGUAAUUAGUAUUGAAUGAAAUUUUU